UAUUCUCGGACAUGGAGGUUAAGAUGAAGAUCUUGGUUUUCCAAUUGUGUCUGCUUGCUCUCGGAGGCGCCACGCCAGUUACUGUUAGGAAUGGAAAGACUUGCGAAGCUCUUGGAUUCGAGGCUGAUAACUGCGUUCUGCAGUCAGGUUUUUCGAGCUUGAAAGUUUUUCCAGAAGCAGCAGGUCGCACUCGACCAACCUCAUUAAUAUACGUCGCCGCUCUUAAUGAUGAAAAGCGGUCGCAAGGAGAAGAUGACAGUUUCCAAUACUUUUCUUCGCCGACGGAUAUUCACAUAAAUCCAAAAAUCGCUACUGCAGGCAUUUUGAACAGAGUUCAAAUUUAUAAUUUCCACGGAGAUGUGCCCCGUUUCAUCAGGCUCAAUGGCGAGCUUUUGCGUCGCGGACAUAUUCAUUUUCACAGAGACAUUCAGAUGCUUGAGUUACUCGAGCUAGAAAUUCCUUUAGAGGGAAAAGUGCACUUGGCACUUUUGAGACAUGACCGCGCCGGCGAUCAGGUUGAAUGCCCCGUUUCGUAUAAUGCUCGCAACCCCGACUAUUCCAUUUCCCAAGGCGCUUGUUUUUCGCCCUGCACCUGGGACGGCUCAAACUGCUGGCUGCCUGAUUUCCCCUCUUACGGCUACGUGGUUGACGGUCCAUCUACCAACUCUUCAGCGUCGUCGAUCAGAAUUCCACUGAGAAAAUUCGGCCCCUCACUGUAUGGACUGGAUGUAACAAAUAUUGUUGUAGAAAUCACCAUUUUGACAGAAAACUCAGUCAGAAUCAAGUUUUACGAUCCCGCAAAUCAAAGAUACGAGGUGCCCAUUUCCAUCAACAAUGCACCCCCAGAGAAGCAGCUGUCCACUUCAGAAUUUGAUGUGAUAUACCCAGAACAAGUGGGUUCAGUUUUUUCUCUUCAGAUAAUCCGCAAAUCUACGGGAACCGUGAUCUUUGACACAUCGGUCGCCGGAAUCACUUUCGAGGAUCAAUUGCUGAGUUUGGCUAUCCGCCUGCCUUCGAGGAACGUUUAUGGAUUGGGCGAAAGUUAUCAUCCAACUUUCCGACGUGAAUUGGAUGACUCAACAUGGCCACUGUGGGCGAGAGACGAGCCACCAAAUCCUUUUGCUAAGACUAGCUUGUACGGAGUUCAUCCUUACUACUCGGUAAUUGAAGCCGAUGGAAAUUCUCACGGCGUCCUUCUCUUCAACAGCAAUGCUCAGGAGUACCUGCUGCAAUCGACUGCGCCCGCAGUCGUCUUCAGGACGAUUGGCGGAGUUUUGGACUUUUACGUGAUGACAGGCCCAACACCCGAGGACGUCACGAGGCAGUACACCUCCCUGGUGGGAAGGUCCUUCCUCCCACCUUACUGGUCCCUUGGCUUCCAGCUCUCGCGCUACGGCUACAACAAUUUGCAAAACAUGAAGGACGCGAUCGCCAGAACCAAAAGCUGCAACAUUCCACUGGAUGUUUUCUACGGAGACAUUGACACGAUGGACCAACAGGCUGACUUUACGAUCGACCCAGUCAACUUCGUCGGUCUGCCAGAAUACGUUGAUGAACAGAGGGCGUUGGGAAUGCGCUACGUGCCCAUUAUUGACCCUGCAAUUCCUGGAAACAGGCCGGGAUACCCGACUUACGAACGCGGCCUGCGCGCGGAAGCUUAUAUCACAACAGAAAAUGGAGACAUUCUUUUUGGAAACGUCUGGCCACCUGAACCAGUGGCUUUCCCUGACUUCCUGCGUCCCGGAACUCUUGAUUGGUGGAUUACUGAAAUUACUGAGUUCUACAAAACAAUUAAAUUCGACGGACUUUGGAUUGACAUGAACGAACCGGCCAACUUCAACACGAACAUUCCAGGGAGCGAAUACACAUUGUCCUGCCCAACAAACAGAUGGGAUGACCCCCCAUACGUGCCAAAGGCUGGUAGGCUGGGACCUACAGACAGAUUGAGCGAUAAGACGAUUUGUCUGGCCAACACGCAGGGUGAGAAUGGAACCUACAGGCAUUACGACGUGCACAGCUUGUAUGGCUACACUGAAACUAUCCCAACUUCGAUCGCCUGCCAAUCUGCAACCGGCAAGAGAGGGUUGGUCUUCACACGCUCUAGUUUCGUGGGCAGCGGAAUUCUCGGUGGACAUUGGACUGGUGACAAUUACGCUUAUUGGGAUCACUUGCAGUACUCUGUCAUUGGACUUUUGGAUUUCAACAUUUUUGGCCUGCCGUACGUCGGCGCUGAUAUUUGCGCGUAUUUCGGCGAUUCUGAAGAGCGCCUUUGCGAGAGGUGGCAGGAACUCGGCGCCUUUUAUCCAUUUUCAAGGAACCACAACACGCUCGGCACCACCGACCAAGAUCCGUGUACCUGGCCCCUCACUGUGGGCGAAUCAACGAGGAAGGCCGUUACAAUCAGAUACACCCUUUUGCCCUAUUUCUACACCUCCUUCUAUAGGGCUAAUCAGGGAAUCGACGGAACUGUGAUCAGAUCUCUUGCUUGGGAAUUCACCUCUGAUCAAGAGACGUGGAAUAUUGACCGUCAAUUCUUAUGGCGCGACGCUCUGUUGGUCAGUCCGGCCCUUGACAUUGGCAGUGUUGAAGUCAGCGCGUACUUCCCCGCUGGCGACUGGUUUAAUUAUUACACGGGCGAGAAAUUGACCUCUAUCGGCAACUACAUUUUGUUGAGUGUACCGACGGAUUUCAUCCCCGUGCACGUAAGAGGCGGCUACAUUUUGCCCACGCAGGAGCCGGCUUCGAACACGGUGCUCAGCAGGCAGAACACCUUUGGUCUCAUCGUGGCGCUGGACGGCGCCAGGACUGCCAUUGGUGACCUCUUCUGGGACGACGGCGAGUCUAUCGACACCGUCAGCAGUGGAACGUACCAUUAUGGCACGUUUAACUUUGCACAGGAUACUCUGACGCAAACUGUGGUUAACAACUAUCCUGCCGCCCUGGAAGGCCUUGUUUUGGACAAAAUUGAGAUUUUAGGCAACAACGGACAAGUCCCGACCAGUGUCUCCGGGGACAUCAGCGUCGAUGCUCUGAUCACCUACGACUCCACUUAUGACAAAGUCAUUAUCACCGGUGCUGCAAUUCCCAUUGCACAAGCCUUCACCAUCACUCUUAUUUUUUAAGUUGAAAUGCUGAUGUGGACAUUUAUUUCAAUAAAUAAAGUUGUACAAAUAUAAAGAA